AAUAUUUGGUAGAAAUUUAGUAUCAGUUCUCGGGAUAGCACCUUGGGGCCAGUCGAACUUUAUGGGUGGCCCUUGCUUCCCUGGCUCUGUCCUUGGUAGGGUCUUCUUGCGAUAAUAGUUUUUAUUUGAAUAUAAUGAAACUGGAGAUCUUUGCCCAACCCCUUGUUUCUGACAGACGUAAGAAUAGCUGCAAUAUUUCCGAUGGUCCCUGAAGGCAGCGAUAGGGCAGAGGAGGAACCUUGGCAACGCUGUCACAAAGCUAACGUUAUUCGUGGACUGCUAAGCUUUUUUUUCGGUGCACCAGUGUUGUCAACAUGUACUUAAAUGUUUAUUUAGGCUUUUUAAUAUUUCAUUCUUAAGUUCCCUCAAAGGCGUGUUAACACGUUCAUAAUGAAGGUUUUUAACGAGCCAAGCUAGCCUCGCUAGCAGACUUUGUCUUCGACGUAGCAACAAUCAGCCCGAGCGAGUUGUUGUUAGCUUAAGACUAGCUUGGUGAACAUGGCGAUUGUGUCUGGUUCCUGUGCCAGGGUAGACGGCUCGAGAAACGGGCCUUCUGUGUCAGCUACACCCUCUGGAUCCGUUGGACAAUCUCAGCCCAUGAUAGCGGUGUGGGAAUGGCAGGAUGACCAGGGCUACUGGCGGCCUUAUAGCGGCCAAGUGAGCGCUUACAUCGAGCGUUGUCUGUCACCGCGCGGGCACAGAGGAGGUGGAGGACCCGGCUCAACGAGCAUCUGCCUCGGACAAUCAGACCCCAGCCUUUCGCCUUACCUCAUCGACAUACCAAGCUUGAAGCAGUUUCGACAGGACACGGGGAAGACACGGUCAGUACGCCGGUCUCUGUUUGCCCAGUCUUCAGGCCUGGGCAGUGGUGUUUAUUGGGAAUGGGCCAAUGAUGAAGGAGGCUGGACUCCAUAUGAGACUCGAACCUCCAUUCUUUUGGAGCACAGCUAUCAGGCCCGCCAGGGCACAGCAGACUUGGGCCCACAUGGAUACAAUUACAUUGUGGAUCUCACAUCAUUGGCUCAAGUGAAUAAAUCAACGGGCUUCAGACGUCAGGUGCGCCGGCAGUGCAGCCUCCCCUACCCAUUGGCCUCCUCUGGGCCCCCGGCCAUCCCAUCAGGGCUUGCUUGCUCCUGUCAGCAGUGUCUGAGCCACAGCAGCACAGGACCCAUGCCCAGCCGGUCACGACAUUCCUUUUCUUCAGGCAGUCUGAACCGCCCAAGUCUCCAAGGGACAGGAAGAGCUGCAGCAGCUCACCCUACCUCUGUCUACUCGCCAUAUCCCAGAAGACCCCUCUCUGUGGGGGGGGUGUCCUGGGGUAGUCCCUGGCUUCCACCGGCCUCUGGUAGUCAAAUCCCUGCUCCUCAUCUGACCACCUCCACAAGUGCCAACGGCUUAAGUGUUCCUUCCAUCUCCGUGCAGCUGAAUGGGUCCACCAGCGUGAGCUCUGCCCUGGCAGGCAUGGCCUCCAUUUUGAUGUCAGCAGUGGGACUCGGCGUGCACUUCACCUCUGCCCCCCUCCCUCAGCAGCAGCCUCAGCAGCAUCAGCCGCCUCCUCCUUUCUCUCUUCCUCCUCCUCCUCCUCUCCUCCCCACUGCCAGCAGGCCCAGCAAGCCCCACAGCAGCAGCAGUUCACUUAGGAGAGCAAAGAGGCAGCACAGGAGAGCCUCACCUCAGAGGCCUGAGGAGGUGAUUCAGCGCUACAUGGAGAUGGUCGCCGGAGCUUCGGAUGAGGACUGUAUUAUCUGCAUGGAUCAACUGUCCAAUCCGUCCAGCUACGAGACCCAGUCCUCAGAGGAGGGAGGCCAGAGCAUCCUUCCAGAAGCUGUGGGGAAAUUCAUCAAAUGUGGCCACACUCUGCACAUGCUCUGCAUGCUGGCCAUGUACAACAAUGGAACAAAGGACGGCAGCUUGCAGUGUCCCUCUUGUAAGACAAUCUAUGGAGAGAAGACGGGAACCCAGCCCAAAGGCAAGAUGGAAAUUUACAGCAUCGCCCAGUCGCUGCCAGGACAUCCAGACUGUGGCACCAUCCAGAUCAUCUACAGCAUCCCUCCUGGCGUUCAGGGCCCGGAGCACCCCAACCCCGGACAGCCGUACACCUGCAGAGGCUUCCCUCGUUUCUGUUUCCUCCCAGACAACGACAAGGGCAGGAAGGUUCUGGAGCUGCUGAAGGUGGCCUGGAUGCGCCGCCUCAUCUUCACUGUGGGAACAUCCAGCACCACCGGAGAGCCCGACACCGUGGUGUGGAACGGCAUCCACCACAAAACCGAGAUGAUGUCCAAUUUAUCCGGCCAUGGCUACCCCGACCCCAACUACCUGGACAAUGUUCUGUCUGAGCUGGCGUCUCAGGGCGUGACAGAGGACUGCCUCAGACCUCCAGGAAGCAGCAGCAGCAGCUAGGUCGCAGCUUCGCUCUUCCUCUCUCCGCUGUCCAUCAAGUCAACCCUCCUCUGUGGCCGGGUGGACCUCUUAAAAACCCCCGUGUCUGUUCACGUCUGCCCAAACCUCAUCCAGCAAGCGAAGGGACAAGCAGCACAUAUUCCACGAGGCUGGAGAUUAAACAUGUCAUGAAGCACUUUAGUUACGACGGUGCAUUUAGCUGAUGAGAUGCGAGUUAUUUUCCAGGUAAAAGGGCAGUUAAGUUGUUUUCAGAUGGGAAACGCGUGCAGUCGAGUGUAUGUGCUGGAAACCUUGGAGUUGAGCGCGGUGACACACUGAAACUACAAGUAGCGAAGUCAGUAUAUAUUAGUGUAUUUGAUGAGAUGAGGCAAUACAGAAUCAUUGUAAAUAAAAAAUAUGGACAAACAGGUUUAAAUGCCAUAAAGCUGUUUGUUAAUUACAUUGUUAACACUACUGCAGAUUGGCCAUGUUACAUUAAAUCAGCGAUGAGCAGACGGUGACAUCCUACAGCCUUCCUUCCUCCAUCUCUUAAUGUUACGCUUUGUGUUGCUAUAUUUAUGAGUAGGGAUAAGACGAUGACAUAGUUGGCUUAAAGAAAGAUGGAAAGGACCACUGAGGUGAAAUCUCUUAUUUUUUCUUAAGUUUUGGUUGAAGAUUUGACAGUGUGACAAUCAAAGUCAUCAGACUUGUCUUGGUUUAAGCAAGGUAAGUGAAACUGCAGCAGAGGUAGUCAUGUUCCCACAGGCUGCAACAUCCAUUAUUCUGCUCAUAGUACUGCAGUACUGUCGCUCUACUGAGUCUUGACAUGUGUACAAACUAAAUAAAAAAAAAAAAAGAAAAAGUAUCUGCAAUAAACAAGUGAUGCAAAAAGAU